AUGUUGCAAGGCGUAAAGCUCCACUCCAAGAGCCGCUACUACACCGGGAGGAACGCCAAAGUUGACGGAGACAUUUUCUCUUUCCGCGGGGAAGGGGGCUCGGUGGGCGUGGUCAAGAUCUUGGAGCCCAUGUCUCCGCUCCUGAACUACUACGAGUACCAGAUAGUGUGUCGAGGGAGGAAGUGUGCAAUCGGAAUUGGAGUGGGAGAGCAGGGUUAUCCCCUCGACCGCAUGCCGGGGUGGAACAGGAACGGCAUCGGUUACCAUGCCGACGACGGUCGUCUGUUUUUCCAGGACGGUUUCGGUCGGGCGUUUGCUGCCACGUGCGCCGAGGGAGACCACAUGGGCUGCGGUAUUGACUAUGAGGACGACACCGAGGAAGGAUAUCGCAGUGUCUUCUUCACAAAGAACGGGAAACAGAUCGGGGAGAAGGUUAAGAUGCGGCGACCUCUCUUUGGGUUCUACCCGAUCAUAGGGAUGCACAGUAUGGGGGAGAAGGUGCGCUAUCUCGGUCACUGGAGAAGACUCUGUGAUGGAGUCCAGGAACCAAUGGAACAGGACACCUCUCCCUCCACCUACUGGCUGAGGUCCAACGCGAUUAGAUUUCUCAGCGAUGGACUGACGCUAGAGUAUGUGGGCAAUGGACUGGAUAAGCAAGAUGUGGGGAUAGCACAGGCGAGACUCCGGCUAGAUCAGACCAACCACUACUUUGAGAUGGAGAUAGUGAGCUGUGGGAAGGAGGGCUGGCUUGCCCUGGGACUCGGGAAGAGUACUUACCCCCUCCACAGACACCCUGGUUGGAACAAGGGUUCCGUCGGGUUCCACGCAGACAACGGCCAGCUGUACAAGGAGAGUGGAGUGGGGGAGGAGUUUGGGCCAAAGUGUACCACUGGCGACGUCAUUGGCUGUGGGAUUCUGUUCCCGGCCGGCAACUCCGAGACAGAGGACCCAGACGGAGGAGCCAGUCAACAAGACUCUGAAUCAGAGUUUGAGUGUGACUCUGAGCACGAGAUGAUGUAUGGGUUCGAGGAGGACGAGGAGUUGGAGGACGACUUUAGCUACGACUCGGACGAUGAUUUCCCCGAGCUUUUUGAGAGGAACCUCCGCCAGCGCUGGCUGAUGAGGGAGAAGGAGAGGAGGGAGCCGAGGAAGGCCUCGCAGAACUCAGACUCCAGUGCACACAGAACUGUCACAGUCUACUUCACCAAGAACGGGGAGAGGGUAGGGGAGACCGCGUGCUCUGUGCCCAGGGGAGGGCUCUACCCCCUCGUGGCCAUGCUGAGCCAGGGAGAGCGGUGCAGAGUUGACUUUCACCCUCUAUCUGGAUAG